CCUAGGUAUUAAAUUGAUCUGAGCUGUGUUAAACCAGCUUCCCAUCCACGCCCUAGGAGGGAUCCUCUGUCCGCAGGCCCGACUCUCCUCCCCGAGACUCCCAGUGGGUGUCCCUGCGCCACACUCCCUUCUUCCCUCCGCUCCCCCGCCUUGCUGCCAUAGCAACCGUCCGGCCAAGUCCGGGCCCUAGUCGGGGCGCCCCCCCCCGGGCCAGCCCCCUGCUCCGGAUUGGUCCUUCGGGAAACGCUGCUGGGAGCCUGGUUCCAGCGGCUGAGGGCUGAAGCCGGAGGAUUGCAGGGCGGGGUCUGCCCCGUGCAGCGUGGGCGGGGCGGGCCGCCCCUGACACCUCUGGGAGCCUGGGGCUCGACCUGACUCCUGGGCCCGGUACCCCACGCCAGACCGCGCUCCCGGCCAGCUGCGAAGUGGGAGGACUCGCGAUGCCACCAAGGAAGGGAAGGAUCGAAAUAGAAUCUUUAAAACGCGGGUUUCGACCGGCAUCCACGCUGGACACACGGGCAGAUGGGCAGGUCACGGCGGUAGAUGAAGGAGCUCUCCGCCCUCAGUGGGGCAAUCUAGGAGGACCCAGAACCUAUCAAAUUUUUGAGACAGCUCAGUUCUUAGAGGAAGGCUCAUCUAAAUAAAGGCCAGCAAGUGACAUUGUGGGGAUUUGGUCUUUCUCUGGCUGCCUAUGUGACCAAAGGCUGAUUUGGUUACAAAGAUUUUUCUUUCCUGGGAUCCAGAUUUAUUACAUCUCCUGGUUCCCUUGCCUUGACAGCAAGUGAAACACAAAAUGAAGACUGUCCAAGAUAACACCUGAUGCAGGGACUUGAGGACCUCCAAGAAGCCUUUACACAUCAGUGUGCAAGAUUCCCUGGCCACCAACUGAAGUAGCAAGCUGGAGCCUUUAUCCUGGGACCAGCCAUCUGCCACAGAGCAUUGGGCCAGAAAGUUCCUGUAGUUCCAUCAGGGAGUCCUAUGGUAACUGGAUGUGUGUCUAAAGGCACAGGCAGAGCCUAGAAGUUCAAGGUGAAGGAAGGUGGGAAGGUCAUCCAGUGUUAGGCUGGGCUGGACAACCUCUGCUGCCUCUCAGCAAGACAGGGAAGGAAGCAGCCUGGCAGGGAGUUUUUGGCCAGCCAGCAGCACCUCUGCGGCAGACUCUGGGCUCUGGCAACACCUCAGCUCUUGUCUCUCUCUCACCCUUGGGCCUCUACUUCUUCUACAACCAACUCCGAUUGGUGGCUCUGGCUGAGAUGGAGAUGUGAGCCUCCGUGGACAAUGACGGCCAUUUGUGUGAAUGGCAGCGGCCUGGUGAACCCCCACUAUGCCAGGUGGGAUCGGCGUGACAGCGUGGAAAGCAACUGUCAGACGGAGUGCAGCAAAGAGGGCGAGGAGGGACAGUCCCACCAGCUGACGCCCUUUGAGAAGCUGACCCAGGACAUGUCCCAGGAUGAGAAGGUGGUGAGAGAGAUCACAAUGGGCAAACGAAUCGGGUUCUACCGGAUCCGAGGAGAAAUCGGAAGUGGAAACUUUUCCCAAGUCAAGCUCGGGAUUCACUCUCUAACCAAAGAAAAAGUUGCCAUUAAGAUCCUGGACAAGACCAAGUUAGACCAGAAAACCCAAAGGCUACUAUCCCGUGAAAUCUCCAGCAUGGAAAAACUACACCAUCCCAACAUUAUCCGCCUUUAUGAAGUUGUAGAGACACUGUCCAAGCUCCACUUGGUGAUGGAGUAUGCAGUGGGUGGGGAGCUCUUCGGGAAAAUUAACACUGAAGGGAAGCUCUCCGAACCAGAAAGCAAGCUCAUCUUCUCCCAGAUUGUGUCAGCUGUGAAGCACAUGCAUGAAAACCAAAUUAUUCACAGGGAUCUGAAAGCAGAAAAUGUAUUCUAUACCAGUAGUACUUGUGUGAAGGUGGGUGAUUUUGGAUUCAGCACAGUGAGUAAGAAAGGUGAAAUGCUAAACACCUUCUGUGGGUCUCCUCCCUAUGCUGCACCUGAGCUGUUCCGGGAUGAGCACUAUGUUGGCAUUUAUGUGGACAUCUGGGCCUUGGGGGUGCUUUUGUAUUUCAUGGUGACUGGCACGAUGCCAUUUCGGGCAGAGACUGUGACCAAGCUAAAGAAGAGCAUCCUUGAGGGCACCUACAGUGUGCCCCCCCACGUGUCCGAACCCUGCCACCGGCUCAUCCGAGGAGUCCUGCAGCCCAUCCCCACGGAGAGGUAUGCAAUCGACUACAUCAUGAACAAUGAAUGGAUGCAAGGGGUGCCAUAUCCCACCCCCUUGGAACCUUUCCAGUUGGAUCCCAAACAUUUGUCAGAAACCAGCACCCUCAGAGAAGAAGAAAAUGAGGUGAAAAGCACUUUAGAACAUUUAGGUAUUACAGAAGAGCAUAUUAGAAAUAACCAAGGGAGAGACGCUCGAAGCUCAAUUACAGGGGUUUAUAGGAUCAUUUUACAUAGAGUGCAAAGGAAAAGGGCAUUGGAAAGUGUUCCAAUAAUGAUAUUACCAGACCCCAAAGAAAGAGACCUAAAGAAAGGGUCCCGAGUCUACAAAGGCAUAAGGCAUACAUCUAAAUUUUGUUCAAUUUUAUAAAUUAUGCUGGACUCCCAUUAGUUAACCAAGAUCAUUGUUGCUGCUUUUAAAUUUUUUCAUGGACA